GUCUCUGAGUGCGUUUUCUACUUUAAGCAUGUGCACACCAAACCAACAACCUGCGAAUCACAUAUUAACACGUGGGUAAAAAUAGCUGCAUUACUAAAGCCAAUCUGAUCUUUGUCCAAACACAGACCAUCAUCACUCAUUUCCUACAGAACUCAGCACAAUUCUUUCAAAUUCUCUUUCUAAUCUUCAAUGGAAUCAGAAACCCUAACCGCCAAGGCUACGAUCACGACCACGACCCUACCGAGUCACGACGAGACCAAGACAGAAUCAACAGAGUUCGAGAAAAAUCAAAAACGGUAUCAAGACCUCAUCUCCACGUUUCCUCACGAGAAAGGCUGGAGACCGAAAGAGCCCCUGAUCGAGUAUGGUGGUUACUGGUGGCUACCGUCUCUCCUCGAAGGUUGUAUUCACGCGCAAGAGUUCUUUCAAGCACGACCCAGUGACUUCCUCGUCUGUAGCUACCCAAAGACAGGCACCACUUGGCUCAAAGCCCUGACUUUCGCCAUCGCAAAUCGUUCCCGCUUCGAUGAUUCCUCCAACCCUCUCCUGAAACGUAACCCUCACGAGUUUGUUCCUUACAUUGAGAUAGAUUUCCCUUUCUUCCCUGAAGUUGAUGUUCUCAAAGACAAAGGGAACACUCUGUUUUCGACUCAUAUCCCAUACGAGUUAUUACCUGAUUCGGUUGUGAAAUCCGGUUGUAAGAUGGUUUACAUAUGGAGAGAACCAAAGGACACUUUCAUCUCCAUGUGGACUUUCCUUCACAAGGAAAGGACAGAGCUUGGACCUGUCAGCAAUCUUGAGGAGUCUUUUGAUAUGUUCUGUCGUGGUCUGUCUGGGUAUGGUCCUUAUCUUAAUCAUAUCCUGGCGUAUUGGAAAGCAUACCAAGAGAAUCCAGAUAGGAUCUUGUUCCUCAAGUACGAGACGAUGAGAGCUGAUCCUUUACCGUACGUGAAGAGUCUGGCUGAGUUUAUGGGUCAUGGAUUCACAGCCGAGGAAGAGGAGAAAGGUGUUGUUGAGAAAGUGGUGAAUCUUUGCAGCUUCGAGACGUUGAAGAAUCUUGAAGCUAACAAAGGGGAGAAAGACAGAGAGGAUCGUCCUGGUGUUUACGCGAAUAGCGCGUAUUUCAGGAAAGGAAAGGUGGGAGAUUGGUCGAACUAUCUGACUCCGGAGAUGGCUGCUCGUAUAGAUGGGUUAAUGGAAGAGAAAUUUAAGGGCACCGGCUUGCUUGAACAUGGUAAAUGAAUGACUAACUCUUGUUCCGAGCAAUGACUGAUCUUUAUAUGCUUUGUUUACAACAUAAGUUUGCUUCUUAUGUUAGUAUGGCUCCAAAAUGUAUUAAGUUAUAUAGUGGAAGAAUAAAUGUUGCUUGUGUUUCUAUCC